AUGCGGUUCAUAGACCCCACGCUUUAUCGGGCGAUGCCGAGGACGGCGACGGAUAAUUCGGUCUUUUUAUUUGUUCCAAACAUCAUAGGUUAUGGUCGUAUAAUUCUCCUUGUCUAUUCAUGCUGGCAUAUGCGUACCGACUGCUGGCUGACAGUCUUCGCUUACGUCGUUUCCGGCCUAUUAGAUGCAGUAGACGGAUAUGCUGCACGAGCACUCAACCAAAGUAAACCAACUUUCAAGUUCAUCCCUGACCUUCCUGUCCAUUUAGGUUCACGUUUCGGAGCCAUGCUAGACAUGCUGGUUGACCGAUGUGCAACAAUGUGUCUGUUGGCUUGCUUGGCUACCUUCUACCCGAACUACGUCUUCCUUUUUCAGAUGAGUAUGCUUGUAGAUAUUGCCAGUCACUGGUUGCAUUUGCAUACUUCAGUUGCUGGUGGCAGACAAACCCACAAGGCGAUUGAUUUGGGCGGAAAUUCUGUGCUGCGGUUUUAUUAUCAUAUUGGUGGUCAAGGUCUAUUCACUCUGGCUGCUUUUCUGACCGCGCCUGUGGCAUUUGGAAAGUUUACAAUCAGCUUAAUUCAGUUGUACGCCGCUGCUGUCAAUCUGGCUGCAGUUGAUGACGAUGAACGGAGGCAACCAAAGGGUAACUAGAUGAUACAUUUACGACACUGUCACAGUCUCCCGCUGUGCUUCUCAUUCCUCACGUGGACUUUUAUUUCUUACACACGCACUUAGUCAUUAUUUAUCUCACUCUACAUUUGUGUAUACGUCCGACUGUCUUUGUCUCCGUGCUUUUCUUGUACUUAGCAUUUCGUUCUUUGGGGAUGACUGUUCGCGCCAUUCUAACGUCUGUAUACUGCACAAUGUGAC